AUGUAUUUUGUCGCCGUGUUCAGCUUUAACUUCAACUCCGACUUGAACUCCAACUCCCUGAGCAUGUUCAUGUUCGUGUUCGUGUCCUUUUCCAUUGAGCAUUCACAUGGCUUGCUGCUGAGCGGUUAUCGAUAUACGCUGCCGCUGCCGCUUGGACAUGAGCACCAUCGAUUGCCGCAGUCGGAACAGAUUGAGCAGCAACAACAACAACAACGUGUGAGCAGUCCCAGCAGCGGCAGCAGCUCCAUGUCGCAGCUGCAUCAAAAACUGUCAGCCAGCUAUUUUCGCAACCCGCCCACCGCCUCCGCCUCCUCGCCGACGGCCACGCCCACCGAGCGGGAACGGGAACGGGAUAGAGUAACGCCGCCAGCAGCGACAACGACGAGCAUGAGCACAGUGCAAUUGAAUCCGUUGAGCGAUUUGCAGAAUAUGCAACCAUUUGAUUUUCGCAAAAUCAAUGCAUUUGCGGCGCCACCGCCAAAUGCCAGCAACACCACCGCCGUCGACUAUGUGCAACAUCAUCAUCAGCAGCAGCAUCACAAUCAUCAUCAGCAGGCGGUGCACUUGCAACAGCAGGCGGUGCAACAGGCGGCCGUGUUGGCCCAAGCGCGGCGACGCAUCAAUGAGGCAACAACGCCGGGAGAGAAAAGCGCUGCGGUUGCAGCGGCAGCGGCUGCAGCGGCGGCAGCGGCACAAAGCAAUCAGUUCUUCACAGCGCCAACCACAUGCCCGGAGGACAACAACAAAUCUCGUCACUUGAGCGCCGACAAAUCCUCCUCCACAACAGCAGCAGGAGCAGCUUCAUCCUCCAGCAAUUCACAGCGCAUGACACGACUGGCGCUCGCCACGGGCUCGAAUCUACGGGCAAGUCGCAAAUCCGGACACUCACCCGGCGGCAGCAAGCGGCAAUGGGGCACAAUGCCCGCUAAUCUCGGUACACAGUUCAUCAAUCCCGUGACCGGGAAGAAGCGGGUGCAGUGCAAUGUGUGCCUGAAGACAUUCUGCGACAAGGGCGCCCUCAAGAUCCACUUUUCGGCGGUGCACUUGCGCGAGAUGCACAAGUGUACGGUGGACGGUUGCAGCAUGAUGUUUAGCUCGCGGCGUUCGCGGAAUCGCCACAGUGCGAAUCCCAAUCCCAAGUUGCAUUCACCGCAUCUGCGACGCAAGAUCUCGCCGCACGAUGGACGCAGUGCGCAGCCGCAUCCAUUGUUGUUGCAGGCACCAAAUGGUAUUAUGGCCGGAUUGGGUGCGUUUGGCAGUUUUCCGCUGUUGACGCCACCGCCGGAUUUGCGGCAUCAUGCGCUCGGUGGCAUGGAGCUGAAGCAUGGCCAGGAGUAUCUGCAACGUUCAUAUAUGGAUAAUAAUAACGGCAUGCUGGGCAGAUUUGAGGGACAGCGACGUAAGGCGAGAUUGGAAGCGGGCGAGGACAUGGAGGAUGAUGAUGUUGAUGAUGACGAUGAUGAGAUACUCGAGGUGAUACGUAUGCCCGACGAUGAUGAUGAUGACGAUGAUGAUCCCGAUGGCGAUGAUGACGAUGACGAUCCGGAUGGCGAUGGCAUUGUUGUUGUUGGCGAUGAGCUCGAGAGUAUACCGGAUAAGGAUAAACAAUGCCACGAUGAUUAUAUGCUCGACCAUGACAAUGAGAGCGAUGAGCGCUCCACAUCGGCCAUCUCCAGUCACAGUCACAGUCACAGUCUGAGUCACAGUCACAGUCACAGUCACAGUCAAACCAAAGAACAACAACAACAACCGCACAGUCCAUGCUUGAGUAAAACGGAACCGGAACCGGAACCGUGUCCGGAUGUGGAUGAUGGUCAGCAUGAGGAUUCGCAGAGUCUAACGGAUUCGGCGCAUGCUCACGGCCAGACUCCAGCGAGCAAGAGAAAGCGCAAGAGUCAAAAUCCAGUCAGAUGUACAGUGCAAUCCGAUGAGAAUUCCUGUGACAAUUCAUUGGAUAAUUAUGAUGUUGCCGCCGAUUUGUCCAUCAAGAAGAUCAAGCUCAACGAUGAGUUGGAUGCGACGGAGACGCAGACGGAGACGGCGACGGAGACGGCGACAGAGACCACAGCGGCAGCAGCCAAAGAAGCCGAGGUGCUAAACAGCUCCUCCAGUGAAUCCACCAAGGCGAUACCCUCACCACCCCUAACGCCCUACACGAUCGAUGGCAAAUCGCUGAUCAAAACGGAGCUGGACGAUGAGCACGAACACGAAAACGAACACGAACACGGGCGGGAGCAGGAGCAGGAAGGGGAACGGGAGCAGACGCAAACUGGCACUUUGGAUCUAUCACUGAGCACAGCUGGAGGAUCGAUGAUCAAGCAGGAGCCGCUGGAUGAGCUGGCCUUGAGCUACGGCGCCGAUGCGGAUGAGAAUCGUUACUUGCGCAUCAAGCAGGAGCUGCUGGGCGAUGAUGAUGCCAUCUAUGGACGCACUGCAGCCGACUGUCUUACCAAGAACAACAACAACAUCAUAAUGACUGAGAAAAGCGGCGAUGCCAAUGGCAACUUGAAAGCGAUAACGAAAUCGAUAAACGCUGCAGUUAACGAGCCGGAGCUGGAACCGGAACCAGAACCGGAACCAGAGCCGGAACCAGAACCGGAACCAGAGCCGGAACCGGAACCGGAACCAGAGGUGCCCAUCGAUAAGGAGAAUCCAUUAAAGUGCACCGCCUGCGGUGACAUUUUUCAGAAUCACUUCCACUUGAAGACCCACUACCAAAGCGUGCACCUCAAGCUGCACCACAAGUGCAACAUCGAUGGCUGCAACGCCGCAUUCCCCUCCAAACGCAGUCGCGAUCGUCACAGCUCCAAUCUCAACUUGCAUCGCAAGCUGCUCUCCACCAGCGAUGAGCAUAAUAUGUUAAUGCCACCCGAUUCAUUGCUGGAAUUGAUGAAUAUCAAUAAUAAUAAAGCAUUUGCUGCAGGUGGAGCAGUUGGACCAGGUGCAGGUGGUGCAGGUGCAGGUGGUGUGGCAGCUGCUGGCGCCUCACUUGGUGCGGCGGGAAUACAGGCAGAGAUCCUGGCGAGAAUCUGUGCGGGUGCACAUGCUCACGGCUUGAGCAUGCCACUCUGCUUUGAGGCACUGCAACAUCGUUUUGCACAUGGACAUGGACAUGGACAUGGGCAUGGACAUGGACAUGGUGGACAUGGCCAGUUGCCAGCUGGCUUCGCGGAUGCCAAUGCAAAUGCGAAUGCCUUUAUUGCUGCCACCGAUCCGCGUCUCAAUCCGCUGCUCAAUCACGCCGGCAAUCCACUGCUCUUCCCCGGCCUCUCCCGUCUGCCGCGCUUCCCACACUUGACGCCCCACAUGCUCGCCGCCGGCGCCAGUGCGCUGAGUCCCUUCUGCCGACGCACAUCUUCCGAUUCGAAUUCCCAGCAUUCGAUAACACCGCCAGUGGUUGGAGCUGCUGCUGGUAAUCUUGGUGUGGGUGUCAACACUUUGAUGGGAUUACGACCACGCUCUGGUGGCUCGGCAUCUGGUUCACCCGUAUAUGAUGGACACACGCACUCCCAUCAUCUGCAUAUGCAGGCAGCGGGAGGAGGCGAGGAGGGAGGCCAGAAUCAGCGGCAAUCUCCAGAUCGCAUAUCAUGACCAUGUACCUCGUACUAUGCCAAGGCGCUGGCAUUUUAUCAUUAAAGGAUGGAGCGGAUGGAACGAAUGGAAGAAAAUCACAACAAGUUCAUUCAUGCAAUAUCAGGCUAAAAAUAAUAGAAGAAGAAAAAAAAAGAAACACUUAGGACUACAGCAUUGCUCAUAAUCAUUAAAAGUAUUUAUCGAUAAAUCGAUAACUUAUCGAUAAAUCGAUAACUUAUCGAUCAGCUAAUUCGCAGCGCUCAUAAUAAAUAAUAAUAAUAAUUAUUAUAAUAAUAACAAUACUUUUACUAGGCUAAUAUCAAAUAUUAGAUGGAUCAACUAGCAUUUUUUUUUUAUAUAUACAUUAAAUAUAUAUUUAAAAAAAUAGAUGUAUCGAUAUAUAUAUCGAUUUAUAUAAAUAACGAUGAAAAUACCCCUCCUAGCCCCGCCUCCCAGAAACCUUUUUUUUUUUUGAACUUGUAUUUAUAAAAACCUGUUGUUUUGUGUACAAGCAUAAAAUUUUGUAGAGAAUUGAUAAAAAAAAAAUAUUAUAAUUAUAAUAAUACAUAUUUAAUAUUGAUGAUGAUAUAAUAAAUGAUUAAUAAAAUUGCACUAAUAUAUGAUAAACAACGAUAUAUAUUGUUAGUGAUACUCGAUUAUGUAAGCAAUUAGCCUCUAAGCGUAUACUUCACAUCUGUGUGUGUGUACUAUAUACUUGUUUUUUUUUUUUUUUUUUUUUUUUUGUGGAAGAAUUGUACUGCUACAGAAGGCCCUAAGUCCCCCUCACGUAAACCUAAUAUUGUAUGAUAAAAAAAAGUAUUUAAAUAUUUAAUAAAGAAUUACGAGUCAACGAACAAACAAACAAAAUGCUUUCACAAAACUCAACAAUUGAUCUGAUCUGAUACUUUUUUUUUAUUAUUAUUAUUAUUAUUCUAACUGUUUUCUUUUAUGAGAAAAUCCUUAAGAGUAUAAUAUAAUAGUGGGAUAGUUCUGAAGCAGUAACCAGGCAAAUACCUUCAACUCAUAUUUAAGCUAUAUAUGUUUGCAAUAAAAAUAUCAUGAAAAAUAUAAAAA